AUGGACAGAGUGGAGAGGGUGAUGAAGCUCGUGAAGAGGAUGUCCCCGAGGAGGCGGAACAGGGGAGGAUUAGGAGCAGGAGGGGGAGAGAUAGAGAGCCCCGACAACCUGUGCGAUGAACUCUGUCCUUUCAGCCUCUGCAUCAGCGAUGAUGGGCCCUAUGGAAAGACCAAGGAGCUCUCUGGACCAGAUAACACCGUGGCCUCUAGAAGACACAGUAUACCAGAAGCACUGCGGGGGGUGACCAUGGUGGAGCUUGUGAAAAAAGAAGGGAGCACGCUUGGCCUCACCAUCUCAGGAGGAACAGACAAGGAUGGAAAACCAAGGGUAUCGAACCUACGACCUGGAGGACUUGCUGCCCGGAGCGACCAGCUGAACAUCGGUGACUACAUCAAGUCGGUGAACGGCAUCAAUCUGACCAAGCUGCGCCAUGAGGAGAUCAUCAGUUUACUGAAGAACGUAGGAGAGAGAGUCUUGCUGGAGGUGGAGUACGAACUGCCACCUACAGCACCAGACAGUACCUCAGGGGUUAUAUCAAAGACAAUCGACAUCUGUUUGCACAAAGAGGGGUGCAGCUUCGGUUUUGUCAUGAGAGGUGGCUCCCAUGAAGACUGGCACAAGUCACGCCCCUUGGUAAUCACUUACGUUAGGCCGGGAGGACCUGCGGACAGGGAGGGCACUCUGCGUCCAGGUGACCGUUUGCUGAGUGUAGACGGUGUGCCCCUGCACAGUGCCAGCCACAGUGAUGCCCUCACUGUGUUGGCACAGAGUGGCCAGGAAGCCCUGUUCCAGAUAGAGUAUGAUGUUGCUAUCAUGGAUACCGUGGCAAACGCGUCAGGCCCACUACUGGUGGAGAUUGCAAAAUCACCAGGGGCAACACUAGGUAUCACACUGACGCAAACCAAUCACAGGAACAAGCAGGUCAUCGUCAUCGACCGAAUAAAACCAGCCAGCGUGGUAGACAGGUGUGGUGCACUGCAUGUGGGGGACCACCUGCUGUCCAUAGAUGGGACAUCAACAGAGCACUGUACAGUCCUGGAGGCUACACAGCUAUUGGCCAGCACCUCUGAGCUGGUAAAACUGGAGAUCCUACCAUCACAUCACACAAGGCUAGCCGGGAAGCAACAUGACACUGUGAAGGUCCAGAAGUCAGACCACCCUCACUCAUGGGACCCCUGUGUCAACUACUGCCAAGUGCCCAACUCCUCCCUCUGCAACACAAGCUCCACUCUCAACAAGUCCUGGACCAUCUCCAACAACAACACAAUUAACAGCCUAGACUAUUGCAAAUCCCUAGUGGCAACCACGUUUUCCCCUGCCUCUACCACCACGUCAGGUCCCAGCAGCCAGAGUUCCAGCACCUUGCCCAGGACCACGGUUCCCAUGAGCCCCCGCAACUCCCUCCUAAAACGAAGGCAGAGGAAGAAAGAGCACAAGAGUUCCUUGUCUCUGGCAUCCAGCUCAGUGGGUCCUGGUGGUCAAGUGGUUCAUGUUGAGACCAGCGAGGUCAUUUUAAGAGGGGAUCCACUCAAUGGGUUUGGCGUUCAACUGCAGGGAGGGAUAUUUGCCACAGAAACUCUGUCUGCCCCACCGCUCAUCCGUUUCAUAGAGCCUGACAGUUCAGCUGAGAGGUGUGGCCUGCUGCAGGUAGGGGACCGCCUACUGUCAAUCAAUGGAAUACCCACGGAGGACGGAACGCUAGAGGAGGCCAAUCAGCUUCUCAGAGAUGCCGCGCUGACCAAUAAGGUCACACUGGAGAUUGAGUUCGAUGUGGCAGAGUCAGUGGUGCCAAGUAGUGGAACGUUCCAUGUCAAACUACCUAAGAAGAGAGGAGUUGAACUUGGGCUCACUAUCAGUGCCAGUAAGAAACCAGGAGAGCCCCUUAUCAUCUCUGACAUCAAGAAGGCCAGCAUGGCACAUAGAACGGGUACCUUGGAGCCAGGUGAUAAACUUUUGGCUAUAGACAACAUCAGGCUGGAGAACUGCUCCAAAGAAGACGCAGAACAGAUUCUGCAGCAGUGUGAAGAUCUGGUCAAACUAAAGAUACGCAAAGAUGAGGACAACUCAGAUGAACAGGAAACAUCAGGCAGCAUUAUCUACACAGUGGAGUUGAGGCGAUAUGGUGGCCCUCUCGGUAUCACUAUCUCAGGCACUGAGGAGCCCUUCGACCCCAUAACUAUAUCUGGGCUCACCAAAAGAGGGCUUGCUGAGAGGACUGGGGCGAUACAUGUGGGGGACCGUAUCCUGGCUAUCAACAGUGUGAGCUUAAAGGGCAAGCCGCUGAGCGAGGCCAUUCACCUGCUGCAGAUGGCUGGCGAGACCGUCACCCUCAAGAUCAAAAAACAGCUGGACAAUGCAGAGGACAGGAAGACUGUUGAGGGAGAGGACACAACAGAGAACGACCUCAGUGACCCGGAAGAGGACGAUUUGACAGACAGCCAGCAGACCAAUAAGCUGUCAGAGUUUUACUCCACCACCAUCCCCAGCGUGGACUCAGCCAUGGAGUCAUGGGACGGCUCAGGGCUGGACGCAGGCUACGGUAGCCAGGGUACUUACAGCCACCAGGCGGCUGGUGUUGCCCUUCACCCCCAUGAAUGGAGAAGUGUCAAACAACGGAGCACCACGCCCCCUCCUGGACGCCGGAAGAAUUACCCCUUUAGUGACGGGGGCUUCAGUGAGGACGACUGGGAUAAAGUACCAGGUUAUGGCAGCCAGCAACCAGAUGGUGUUCUGUUGGAUCCAGAUGACAGUUUGUGGUGUCAGGCCCUUGAGGACCUGGAGACCUGUGGCCAGUCGGAGCUUCUCAGAGAGAUAGAGGCGUCCAUAAUGACAGGUACAGCCAUCAGUUUGGGUGUAGAUGGAGUCAAUAAGCCCACUGCUGAGCCCAUACUGUCUCACGGUAGAAUGAGCCCACUUCAAAGGAACUCUCUCCUGCACCAGGGGACCCUCCUCCACCAGGGGACCCACCUUCACCAGGGGACCCACCGCCACCAGGGGACCCACCUGCAUGAGAAUACCCGUUCCCCUCUUCUCCACCAGGAACCCAAGUCUAAGGCCUCACUACGAGUGUCGGAGAGAACAUGGGAGUCUCGUAGGAUCAAAGAGGAGAUGCAGGAGAUUCUGUCUCCUACGCCUCUGGAGCUGCACAAGGUAACAGUGAUAAAAGACCCAGAAAGUGAUGACUUUGGCUUCAGUGUGUCAGAUGGUUUUCUGGAGAAAGGUGUUUACGUCAACAUGAUACGGACCGACGGUCCGGCCGACCGAGCCGGCCUCAAACCCUAUGACCGGAUUCUCCAGGUGAACCAUGUGCGGACACGGGACUUUGACUGUUGUCUGGCCGUGCCGCUGAUCACAGAGGCUGGAGACCGACUAGAGUUAGUCAUCAGCCGCAACCCACUGGCCCACGCUGAAACAGAAGAUAACAACAAUAAUAUAGACCAGUUAGACCUCUAA